AUUUUAUGGUGCGGAAUGGCAUUUUGCUGAUUUGGAUACCGCUCUUUUUCCUUCUCACCAUGUCCGAAGUAUCCACCUUGCCAUCUAUCCAACAGCUCAACAACGAAUCGCGAGACAACUUUCUCGCUGUUGUCAAUACCCUGUUUGAGACUGCUCCUCCUCUAGCCGAUAAGCUAUUGGCCGCUCGCCCCUAUUCUUCAUACAUACAACUUAUUGAACGAGGACAAGAUAUCUGCCUUGGUAACGAACUUAGCGAAAGCGAAAAGUUGGAAGUCAUCAACGCACAUCCCCGUAUUGGAGAAAGCAGCGGAAAGCUGUCAGCAAUGUCAUUGAAGGAACAAGGCUACAAGACUGCUCAACAGGCCAUUUCACCUGAAGACCAAGCUGUUAACGAGCGACUUGCUGUUUUGAACAAGAAAUAUGAGGAUCAAUAUGGCUUCAAGUUCGUUGUGUUUGUUGCUGGUCGCCCACGCAAAGAUAUCAUCCCUGUGAUUGAGGAACGCAUCAAAUCAAACGACAAGGAUGCUGAACUGAAGACUGGUAUUGUGGACAUGAUGUUGAUUGCUCGUGAUCGUCUCAAGAAGUUGGAGGCUGUUUCUCCAAAGAUGUAAAUGCUUCCACACACCCCAUAGAACCGACACCAUUGCCCCCACCGCACACAAAGAAAAAUAAAAAAAUUAAUACCUGGGGGUAUAAUCGCGGAGUUGAAACGGA